ACAAUCCUACAGAAUGAAACAAUUUAUAGGAAACCAAGGUUUCCGAAGACUCCUUCAUAUUCUGACAGGGUCGCAUCUUACAUUUUAUAUGAUGCACAGAGCCGCGACAACACUAGAGAUUCCCAAUCUAGAUGACUAUUCUACAUCACAACUUCUCCAGAACUCUAGUGUAGCCAGUACUGAGGCGGCGUCAACUCUGUUAACUUAUGUCACCAUGGCUCUGUUUAAUGCUGAGAAGGAAUAUGUAAAGGGAGUCUACCUCCUGAUCAAGUUGAUGGAAGUGCGGCUGGAGAAUCCAGGUCAUCCGGAUCAGGACAAAAUGGAUGAACUUAUCAUUGAGUCCCGAAUCAGUGUCAAAGCACUAAGGAAGAAGAGACAAGACCUAGUGAUGUUGCUGUCGGUUUGUCAACGACUCGUCAACGAUGCAGCUGAAGCUGCUUACAUGGCAGGAGCUGAAUUUUCUGGAUAUUCUACCAACAAUAAACUAACCAGUAGCGAGGCUUUUCUGAAACCUUGUGAAAUGGAGCGUCUGAUGGCAGAGUCACAUUUAGCGGAAAUGGAGGCGCGUGUCAUUGAAGUAGAGUCAAAACGCGCAAAAGAAGAGGAAGCUAGGGACAAACAGGAAGAGGAAGUGAAAGAUGACGCGGCUCCUGAGAUCAAAAUAACAGAAGAAAAAGUAACAGUGCAAUCUGAACCGGAAGUGGUGAGUGGUACGACGUUUGACCUUCCCCCAACAGACGGUACACCUGUGGCUGACAAUUCUAGUGCCGCUUCUCCUAACGUCAGAAUGAACUAUGUAGAGACGUUCAAUAUAGGUUCAGAAGAUGAUUCGUUAGACGAUGAUUAAUUACUGUGAAUUAUAUCACUGAGAAUAUUUAUAUUUUUUCUGGAUAGAUAAACAAUCUUUAAAAUACUUGGAAGUUGGUGAUUUUUUAUUUUUCAAAAAUCACCAAGCUGA